AUAAAGAUGUAAUUGCAUCUGCAAUCGCCUGGAAGCCCCAUAUCAAUCAAAAGAGUUUCUUUUAUGUAACUGACAACAAACGGAAUGUAAACAAUUUUAUGACUACUCACAUCCUAUACAACUCCGGCUUCAUUAAAAACAAAUUAACUAUUUGUUUUUGCUGUCCCACUGAUUAGCAAGAUGACCCACCGAGCCCUUAUCAGUGGCAGUGGAGAAAGGUGAUUAGAUUCGUGAGCCCUGUGUGUAAAAACAUAACCUGCUCAACGGGGCAACCAUCACUUUCAGUCACAAUUUGGACAGGUUCAGAGUGGCCCGGCUCUCGCAAUGGUUAUACACAUUUGUGUAAAUCAGAUAGACAUUCUGUUAUCAGUAAUUCGUUUUAUAAUGCCCGUCUUGGCCUGAUAAGUGGCCCCAUCACCAUUCGGGCACUCAGAACAGCACCGUCGUGUGUUGGCCACAGUUGAUGAGCUCUCGCAGGCGCCAAAGUCUAAAGAUUCGCACUUUUGCGGCGGGAUGUGAAAAGUGUAAUAUCGCUGCCAAAAUCCGUUUACAUUUCCAAGUUUCCCUUAGAUUGGGAUGAAGGCUGAUGAUCAAACACAGAAAACCCAUAACUGAUUUACAUUAAAUACCUGUUCAAAGUGUACAAAAAUAUUUAUUUAUUUAUUUCAAAUCUUCACUACCAGUGUUACUAUCAAAAGUAAAGAUUUUAACAACAGUUCGGCGACAAGUGUCUGAAUAGGAGCCCCGACAAUCUGCCCCAGCUAAUUGCCGAGCAAUCUCCUCAUCUUUGGCCCAGAUGCCAUAAAGAUUACUCUUCUUAUCGGGCCCUACGACUGACUGGGUACUCAGGCACUGCCACUUGGAAUACUGGUAGUGCAAAAUGAGAGACAAGAAGGAGCAGGCGAACAGCCGCAAGGCCUCCCAGGUCUCGGGACACUUUUCCCAGAUGGACGUCGACGAGUCGGAGUUCAACGAUCCCUUCCAGACCCUGAUGGAGAAGGUGGGCAACCAUGGUCGCUAUCAAACCAUGUACAAUUACGUAUUUGUCGGCGGCUUGUCCUUUUGUGGUGCAAUGAUCUACAUGAACAUCAUCCUGGCCCUCAACGUGCCCGAUCACUGGUGCACGGUGCCAGGCAGGGAGAACACCAACUUCACGCUGGAGGAGUGGCGGGACAUCACCCUGCCCAAAAAGCUCGACAACCGAGGCAGGGAAACAUUCAGCAACUGUGAGAUGUACCAAACAAACUUCUCAGAGAUCACGGACUGGUCAGCUUGGAGUUCCAGCAAUAUCACGAAAACAAACGAAACCUGCCAGAACGGGUGGACCUACGACAGGACCUGGUACGACAGCACCAUCCCCACGGACCGCAACUGGGUGUGCGCCAAGGAUUUGUUCGUGACAAAUGUGUUCGUGGUGGGUCGUGUGACGGAGGUGGCCGGUUCAUUUAUAUUGGGACAAAUGGGAGACUCUUACGGUCGCAGGCUGGUGUACUACAUCAGCGUGGUGUUCUGCUCCCUGGGUCGCAUUGCGUCCAUCAUGUGCACCAGCUCGUACACGUGGUUCCUCAUCAUGUCCGGCAUCGUCGGCCUCACCGUCAACAGCCUCUUUCAAUCGCCUCAAAUUGUCGGCAUGGAGAUCUCCAGGGAGGAGGACCGCAGUCGAAUCGCCUUCUUCCUGAGCUGUGGCUGGUCCAUCGGCACCACCCUGAUGCCCCUGCUCUACUGGUGGCUGCGCCACUGGGACUCCUUCAUGUGGCUCACCUCGGUGCCCACGGCGAUGGUCCUGAUCUUCUCCAAAUACGUAAUCGAAUCGCCCCGAUGGUUGAUUAGCAAGCAGCGUUUCCGCGAGGCCAUUGUCCAACUACAGAAGAUAGCCAAAAUUAACGGCCAUCGCUUCGACAUGACCGAGAAGGAAUUGGCGGAGAUAUACAGUCGCGACAAGCAGGAGGUCACCUACGGCAUCGCAUCGCUCUUUGCUGGCUGGCGGCUGGCCCGCAACACCAUCAUCAUGGGCUUUAGUUGGUGCGUGGUGGCCGUCUCCUAUUUCACGCUGGUGCUCUUCAGCUCCCGCAUGGCGGGCAAUCCGUUCCUGAACUUUUUGUACCAGAGCAUCGUGGAGAUCCCCGCCUACAUUGUGGGCCGCUACAUGGGCGACACGUACGGCAGGCGCUUCACCAACGCGGUGUCCUUCCUCAUCUGCGCAUUCACCUGCCUGCCCAUCAUUGUGUAUGCGACGGACGAGCGGUACGAGAGCCUGAUGAUCUACCUGGCCACCUUCAUCAAGUUCCUCAACGCCCUCACCUUCUUCACGGCGAACCUGCAGUGCCUGGAGAUCUACCCCACCUGCAUGCGGCAGACGGGCGUGGCCCUGGGCACCAUCCUGGCCAACGCCAUCGGGAUCCUGGCCCCGUACCUGGUCUAUCUGGGCACCACCGUGGACAUCCGGGCGCCGUACUACAUUCUGGGCAUCCUCUUCCUGCUGGGCGGCAUCGGAGCCCUCUUCCUGCCGGAGACGCUGCACAAGAAGCUGCCGGACACCAUGGAGGAGGCGAACCACUUUGGUCGCCACGAUAAAUUCUUCAGUCUGCCGAAACCGCCGCCGGCGGCGGAGAAGGACGACAGGCUGUCAUCCCAUCCGGAGUUAACCAGGCUCAGACGCUCGGAGACGGCGCCCUGAAUCCCCAAAUCCCGGAAUACCGGAAUCCUCGAGACCGAGUCCUGCCAACUCCUUCGAAGUCCUUGCCGGCAAUCGAUUCCCGUUGCCAUUCCCGUUCGCCGCUCACGUUCCCCUUGUGAUGUUACGUUAAGUUUGGCCCCAAAGUAUUGCGAAUAAAGUAUUGUCAUGUAGGCAGCCGUAAUAAGACCCGCAUAAAUCACAAAUCACACCCGAA